UGAAUCAAACCAAACCUCCUUUCUUCAUCUCCAUCAAAAUCUUCCCUCUGUUCUACCAUGAGACACCAUCGGGAACUGGCUACCACCACCACCUACAACAAUUCCAACUGCAAAUCUUCAAGAAACAAGAUCAACCCAUCAAAGUUUCCCAGAUCAACUUCCUUCACGAUCCCUGAAAACGGAGAAAUCUCAGACAAACUCCUUGUUCCUAGGUCUGCCUCUUCUUCUCCUUCCGUUCACCGUCUCCGUCAUGUUAACUCCUUCGGCUUCUCUUCACUCCUUCGGUCCCUUCUCAAGAUCAUAGCUUUUCCCACUUUAAUCCCAGCUCCUUGCAAGUUUUUGAGUCUCCCAACACACCUCACUAUAACCUCUUCCCUUGGCCGUAAAGUUACCGGAACUCUCUUCGGCCACCGUCGAGGUCACGUCAGCUUUGCCGUCCAGGAUGAUCCUCGAUCCGAACCGGUUUUGCUCCUCGAACUGGCCAUGUCAACGGCUAGUUUGGUCAAGGAAAUGUCAUCCGGCUUGGUCCGGAUUGCACUCGAGAGUGAGAAGGCUGCCGGUCGAACAGGGAAGUUGUUCCAUGAGCCUAUGUGGACUAUGUAUUGUAACGGCAGGAAGAGCGGGUACGCGGCGACACGUUCGUGCACGGAAUCUGACUGGCACGUGCUGAGCACCGUGCAAAGCGUGUCGGCGGGAGCCGGAGUGAUUCCGGUGGUCGACGAUGGAGGGAAAGGUGGUGGAAGCGAAGGUGAGUUGUUGUAUAUGAGAGCCAAGUUUGAACGAGUGGUGGGGAGUCGUGACUCGGAAGCGUUUUACAUGUUGAACCCGGAUAACAAUGGAGGCCCUGAGCUCAGCAUUUUCCUUCUCAGAAUAUGAAAAAAGGCAUUAUUUGUUCAACAACAAAAUAAAUGUGUUGCAAAAAUUAGCAGUUGU